ACGCUUGUUUUUGUUUUGAACGCACACACGUUGUUUCUGUUUUUAUCCGCUGCUUUGAUUCAAUCUCAGUUCCGCGGUCAGAAUGGCCGAUUCCUCAAGCACCGUAUCAUCGUUCCGGCUGCCCGCUCCCAGUUUCGGAGCCGCAACGAAAAAAUCCAUCGACAGCUUCACGAAACUUCGGAAUCCACAUUUUUCCACGCCCUCCGGAAUGCUGCUGCCGCGCGAGAAACAACCUCCGCCGAUGUAUGGACCGCGUGGAGCAACCGUUCCUCCGUGGUUGGUAAGAAAAGGACAUCAUCAACAUCAGUAUGGUUCCAGCAAAGGGGAGGGUAAUUAUCAACAGCCACGGUUUAGAGGGCCCCCUCGGGGUCACUUCAACAGUGGAUUCGAUAAAGACGUCAUACCUGAACUGCUGGAAGUGAACUGGAAUCUGUGGUGCGAAGGGUGCGAUGUGAACUGCAGAACGGAAGCUGAAUUGGAGAGACACAAGAAAGAGCAUCAGGCUUGCCAGGUGGAAGGUUGCAAAUAUGUGGGACAUCCCCGGGUGAUGAAACGGCACUGGAGAUUGGCACACGAUGAGCAGAAGCUGCAGGAAAAGGCUCAGAUGGAAACCAAGCAGACUCCGGAGGAUAUCGAGAAGUGGAGGCAGGAAAGACGAAUGAGGUAUCCUUCCAAGGCAAACGUUUUGAGGAGGAUGCAGGAGCAGGAAGAGAGGUUCAAGCGAGGCGAGAGGAUUGAAGAGGACAAAACCAGGUUUCCGAAUAAGAAGCAAUGGGAACCAAGCAAGGAUAAAGGAAGGAGUUUUAACACCACAAGGAGAUCACGUCAAAGGGUCAGAAAGGCAGAACAAGCGCCGGAAGCUGCUGAGAAAGAGUCAGACUCCGAUGAAGAUGUACAAUCUAGAAUAAGGUUCAAAGGAACAUCAGAACUCAAAGAUUACAAGGAAAAGCAAAAGAAUUCUCUGUCCCUGCUUUGUGCUUAUGGCAGUGAUAGUGAGGAAUCAUCUGAACAAGAAUCAGGUGACGAAUCCGUGGAAGUUGAUAAAGAAACUGAAUCCCCUGUCCAAGAACUAGAAACUUCUAUAUCAACCGAAACCGUUGCUUCUACCAACUCGUACUUGAGUGAAGGAGAAAUCCCGGAUUCCGAGUCUGACCAAGAGGAAGUUGUGGCAGUUGAAGAAAUACAACAUCAGGAGCAGAAUACAACUCCUGCAACUGAGGAUCCAACCGCUAAAGUGGAUCAAACUAAUACUGAAACCGAUGCCACCAAAACCAAGAAAAGGAAUCGUACCCACAAAAGGCGAAACGAUGUUUCCCAAGACGGAGCUCCCACGCAAUCCACUUCAUCAAAGAAUCCCCGACUCGAUAAGCCAAUACUGAACUACGCCAAGCUUCGCCACGCCCGACAGAAUACCCUGUUGGAAAAGCUUCUGGAACCGGAAAUUCGGCAUGAAAGGAAUGUUCUGUUACAGUGCGUUAGGUUUGUAGUGCAGAAUAGUUUCUUCGGCAUUGGGCAACCGAAAGAAUCGGCCUCCCAUCAAUUGGAGGAAACUCAAGAUUAGAGAAAUAAAGUUAUUGUAUACAGUUAUUAAA